AAAACCGGCCUGAUGCAAGGAAUAUCAAGAAGGCAACAGCUGAUCUUGCCGUACUUCAGACCGCCGAAUCCGCAUAGAGAAUUUUCGGUUCAAUCUAAGCAAUAGUAAGAGGAGAUAAGAUGAGGUUGACUACAGCUUUGUUCAGAUUUAAACAUCCGAACGGCCACAUGUAUCACGGAAAGUACCGCCUAGUAAAAGCAGUUACUAACGAAAGCUUCAGAGCUCUGCGCUGGGACUACGAAAUAGAAGAACAGAAUAUGCUGCUACUGCGUUACCCUUACUUAACGGUUGAGCAGUCCAGUGGUCAUAUGAAAGAUCUUAGAGCAGACCCAGUAUCCAAAUGGAACAAGGAAAAAAGUGAAAAAUUUUCCAAAAUUACCACUUUGGAAGAUAGACUUAUGCAUUUGAAAGUGAGAGAUACUUGGGAUUAAAAUAAACAAUGUAAGGUAGUAGAUUAAUAACGGACAAUUCUUUAUUUGUUUAAAUUAUAUAACAAAUGUACAUACAUAUAAACAAUUACAGAUAACGUGUAUGAGAUGAAGAUACCUCAAUUAAUACAUAGUUCCGUCAUUGGAAA